AUGGAAGGAACAGCGGCAGCUCCUGCCCCAUGCUGGAGUGGGGGAGGAGGCAGCAGUAGCCGAACACGGAGGCAGCGGCGUUGCUCACGGCGGGACCGUGAGAGCCGCUGCACUCGCCGCCGGGGAGGCCGUCCUGGGGAUGGGUCUCGUCGUGGCCUCUCGUCAUCUUCAUCUUCAGGAUCGGACAGUGAAGGCCCCUCCCCACCUGCUCCUGUGGCACCUGGAAAAGGCCGUUCCCUGCAGCAGCAGCAGCGUCGAAGGCGGCGGCCCCUGCGGCGGCGGAAGAGACCCUCUGGAUCAUCCUGCAGCCGCGAUGAGGAGGAGGAAGAGGAGGAGGAGGAUCUCAUUGAUGGCUUUGCCAUUGCCAGCUUUGUCAGCCUUGAGGCACUUGAGGUGAGGAGGUGUCCCAAUCUCUAUCUGUGGGGUCUCAUGGGCCUUUGUACAGUCUGGGUGCUGAGGUUGGCUGGGAGUGAUUUUAGUUCUGCAGGCCCCCUUAGAGCUGUGAUACAGAAAGGAAGAAGAAAGAGGGAGAACCUUGGAUUCUCUUGUCCCCAUAAUUCAGAAAAGACACUGGCUCCUGCUUCUGAGACUGCACUAGGAUGGGGUGUGCUGGAGUAAAAUAGGAGUAAAAACAUAUGUAAAUACUAGUAUAUUUUAAGUGCAGCAGGUUGUUGUUCCCCUCUGCCCUCUCCCCUCUCCCUUUUGUCAGCAUGGGAUUCCAAAGUCAAGUGACAGUGAUGGAUCUAGUGGACAAUCUGAGUUGCUCUCAAAUAAUAGCUGAAAUUAAACAGAUGUGGGUCCCUGAUUGGUCUCUUGUUUGGGAGAUCCCUAGAAGUCCCUUAUAAGAGCAGAAGAACUUAAAGCUAUGAUUGGUAGUGUUCAAGCCAUCUAGCACAGGACAAAGGCAGACUGGUUGUUUGAACUUUAGUUUGUUCUACAAGCAGAAGCCAGUGGUGAUAUAAAAGGGAGCAAGAUGGUCUCCUGUCUUGUCAAUCAUCUCAAAUAGGGAACCACAUGGACCCCUCAAAUUAAACUGAUUGGCAUGUGGGAGAAAGGGGGGGGAGCAGGUCUGUUUUCUGGUAAAUUGUUGUGAGAAGAAAUACCCUUUUGUGAGAGACUGGAGGAGGAAGAAAGAGGGGGAGAUGAGCUGCUGUCAGAGGAUUCUUCAGCACUUGAAAUAAGAUAAAAUAGUUAUUGACUAAAGGGAGCAACCAUAGCUCUGAGCUGGUAAUUUGUAUAUAAAAACUUGAGUUAAAUCCCUAGUAGUACUGGCUAAAUGAUCCCAUUGUCUGCCUCAGUAUAAGGUACCCCUUACAUAUGCAAAGGUAUAGUAUGAGACAUAAAGCAAAGGAGGCUUUAGUAAGCUCCAAUCAGUGUGGUCUUGCUGUGAGUUUCUUAGUGUGUUGAAGUUAUGGUCCCUUUUUCAUUAAUAUUUCUAGGAUUGUGAUGUGGUCUAAUAAACUCUUCAUACCUUGGUGGGUGUGGGAUUAAGUGACUUCCGUAGGUGCUGAUGUGUAUCUCUCAGGUGACAUGCAAAACAUAGCUGCUUCACUUGCUGAAGCAGCAAAGGAGGCUCUGCUAAACACAGGAAUGCUCCAGGCUGGACUGGCUUCACCUGCCUUUCCAGCUUGACAGGACUGGGUGAGGAGCUGGGCGUGAACACAGGUGCCUUUGCCAAACUCCAAAGGAAUCCAGUGCAUUGCUAAGAACUAUUCACUCCACAGCCACAGAAAAUCACAGGGGUGGAAGAGCAUGCCUUGGUCUGACACUCUGCCACCCCAAGACUGGCUGUUUUCUCUGGAUAAAGUCCCAAACUUCUUAUCUUGCUCGGAGGCCUUUCCUGUUUGUUGGCAUCUCUCUUGAGUUAAGCCGAUCUUCCCUAAGUUAUCAGCUCUCCCCAAUGCACUGAAGGUGACUUUCAUUUCACGUAGUGGCCAGGUGAAUGUCUGUUGACAAGACAGACUUCUUGGGCUGUGCUGUGCAAAUGCAGCAUUCCAGAUGCAACUGACCAGGCGAGGCAAGUGUUGUGUGUUUUCUGAGCUUUUCAGAAAAUUUUAUCAAUUGCUGCUGGUUACAGUGGUGUGUGGUAUGUCUAGCUUCAUUUUGUUUGGAGUUAGAACAUUGACUAAAUUACAUUUUUAUCUCACCAUUUUUCCAAGGAACUCAUGGUAUACUUGGUUCUACCCCCCUACACUAUUUUAAAUGAUGUUUCAUUUUAUAGUUUUAUCUGAUUUUGUAGUGUAUCUUUGUGACCCCCUUAGAGACUAUUGUACUUAAGCAGUGUAUAAAUUGUUUAAAAAAAUAGAUAGAUAAGAUUUGAUUAGAUUAGAUAAUCUUACCCUGCACAUCUGGUCAGGCUAAGAUCCUCAGGGACACCCUUGUUGUUGUGUGUUGCCAGGCAUAGUCAGUUAUUAUUUUGAUAUAUCCCCGACCUUCACCCUGAAGUCCCAGGAUGGGUCACAGAAGUUUAAAAUACAACAUUUGAAACUGUAUUAAAUGUCAGGGUAAAGAGGUGCAUCCUCAGCUUAUGACAAAAACUAUAUAAUGAAGUUGCCAGAUGCAUCUUUGUGGGGAAGAAAUUCCAGAGUUCAAAAGUUGCUCUCUCCUGGACCACCACCACCACCACUUUCUGAGGGUAGUAGAACUACCAAGAUGGUCCCUCUCCUGACCUUAACAUCUGAGAGAUUCUGUAGAGAAGGAGGCAGUCUUUCCAAUAUUUGGGGCUUAAGUUAAGGAUUUUAAAUAUUAACGUGAGCACCGUGAAUUGGUUCCGAAAAUGAACUGGCAACCAGUGCAGCUGCUUUCAGAAAGGGAUUGUGCGAGCUCUAAAUGGAACUCCAGCCAGUAAUCUGCCCACUGUGUUUGAAGUUUCUGGGUUGCCUUUAAGGGCAGUCUUCUCAUGAAGCAAGAUUGGAGAAGACCUUCUCUGCAGUGACACUCCAUUGGUGGAAUACCCUUCCUUCUCAUUGAUGGGUGGCACUGUCUCUUUUUGGGUUUCAUCAUCAGCUGCAGACACAUUUAUUCAUGCAGUCAUUUUUAGGGUAGCAGUGCCUGAAGUAGGUGUUGAGAUAUUAUAUCUCUGCAUUGGCUGCUGUUCUGGUUGACCUUUGAUUAAAUGUGGACUGGAAAUAUUUUAAAUAAAAAAUUAAAUAAGAGAGAUGGGCCCAAGGUCAACCAGUGAGGCUUUAUAGCUGAGCAGAAAUUUAAACUGAGACCCUCUGAGCUGGUUCAACACUAUGGCUCUCUGUCUGGCUCUAUUCUCUUAAUGCUUACCAUAAGGUUAUAAUUUGUCACAUUUUUAUCCCAUCCUUCUUUCAAAGAACUCAGGGUGAUGUACGUAGCUUCCCAUUAACCCUUCUCAUACAGUUACAAGGGUGAGAGGCAGUGACUUGACCCAAAGCCGAGCAGAAAUGGGAGUUCAGCUCUUCUUGAUCAAAGCCCAGUAUACACCACACCAACUCUGGAUAUACUGGAUAUACACUUUGAUCUCUUAAUUUUCCAUGGUUUGUGUUUGUGUAGAAGUAUAAAUUUCUACCAUAUCCGCACACUAAUGUAAGAAGGGGUGUAUGUUUUUUCUGAGUCCAGUCAGCCUGGUACAGAUGAUCAAGUAAUUAACACAGAUAAUUAUUCCCACCUUCCCAUUUAUUAUUAUUACUAUUACUUUAUUAUUAUUAUUAUUAUUAUUAUUAUUAUUAUUAUCAUCAUCAUUAUUUUAUAGUUGCCUCUAGGGAGCUGAAAUGCAUCCCAACAUCCAUCUGGGGUUAGCUUAGGGAUUCCUGAGCUUUUCUGUGCUCAAUAUAGUUUUAAUGCACACCUGCCUUGUCACCUUCCCACAGAAGGAUGCUACCUUGAAGACCCCGGAGCGGCUGGAGCUUCGGAUGAAGCAUUCUGGAAAGAGAAAACGGGGAGAGGGGAACAACUCUGAGCCUGAGGAUGAGGAUGGGAGCUCGGAGAAGGGUUGCAGCCGGGAGAGAGCAGUGAGGAAGCGUACCAAGAAGCGGCACAAAGAGGUGAGACCCGUGGCUAAGAGGUUGGAAACUGCUUUUUAUUGUGUUGCCUGCUGUCAAGCCUGCUUUUAUAUGCUCCCCUCAUUUUGCAGGCUUAAGUUUAAAUCACUUGGGCAGCUAAUUGGGUGACUUGUUGGGUUGGGGGAGAAUGGACGUCAAUUAGUAUUGGUUGUGGCUGGUCUAGGACAUGUUACCAACAGGAUUCUGUUAUCAAAUAACUUCUUUUUUUAUACACAUGCUUGAAAUUUGCUAGGUUUUGUUGUGCAAAAAGGCAGGCCUAUAGCAGCAACUAAACUCUAUAGUGCUGAAUAACUUGGCCUAUAGUGCUGUAUGUCUGGUGAAUUUUUUUUCUCUUUCUGAGUAUGGCAUUAUGUUAAAAAUAUGGGUUGAGCAAGAGGCAAAAUGAAAAGCUGCUAGAAUUCAAUGAGAUUACAUGAAAACGUUCUUCAGAUCUUGAAUACUAAGACUAAUUGCGAAUUCAGGACAUAAGGGAAACAGAGAGCUUAAUGUGAACCAGAACAUAGCAUCCUGUCUGGGCCAAGCCACUAAAUCUGUAAAGCAGCGCUUAUUUGAGCUUGUGCAGCAUAGCUUUCCUUUGCUGUUAAAUUACCAUAUUUUUCCUGUAGAAAAGGAUUAAAAAUAAAGGAUUCCAAGUACUAGGGUAUUGCCCUGAGACAGGUUGAAUCUCAGCACGCCUGCUAGCUGACAGCAACAGAGCAGGAGCAAAGUUGCCCUCAGAAAGUGGGACUCCCUCCACAGGAGGGCUUGUGGUUUAUUUAUUAGAGGGCUUUCUGUUGUGUUGUUGAAUCUCCAAAUGGCAGAUGAGUUGUGGUCAAUCAGCAAUGACGCUGCAUCGACAGGGUUGGAAAUAUUACUAAUAAUUUGAUUUGAGGAGGGAGACAAAUCCCAGCCCAGCAAAAUUGCUCUUGGCAUCCUCAAAAUGCCUAAUAAAUUUAGAGCAAAUAGUGGAGCAGUGGGCAUGUUUGGACAAUCAUAUAAACUGAGAUAUGAAUGAGUCCUGUGCAUCUGCAUUCAGGUGCCUGGCUUCUUCCUUUGCUCAAGCUGGAAAACAAGCCAGGAAGUAUUGGCUAACUAUAGUUUCACGCUGCAUCUGAACUAGGAAAUGCUGGUCGAUGGCUUCGGAAAAAUCUAGACUAUGAAACCAGGGUUUAAAGUUGGUUUAAUACUUGAGUUGUUUUGGAAGUUAUUAACUGUAAUUUCCUGGUUUGGCCAUCAUGGGAUAUUAUAGUUAACUGAUCUUCCUGUCUUGUUCAUUUGCACAAAGGGAGGAGUGAAGUGACUGCAUGAGGAGGAAAGAGACUCGUUCAUAUCUCAGCUUUUUAAGCUGAGAUGAUCAUUUGAAUGCAGCCAAUUUGUGUCUGUGUGUAGCAUGCCAGCCAGAAUCUCCUCAUCUUUGUGGAAUACUCAGCAUGUGUUUCUAAGGAGGACACAUUUUUCUUUUAUUUUCAGUAUUGCUCUUAAAAUCUUAUUACUCUCCUGACAAAACAAGGAUGCUUCCUCUUAAUUUUUUAUCUUUGGGAUUUUUUUUUAAUCUUUGGGAUUAACAGCCUCCUAUCCUUCUGAGUCUAAUCUAUCUUUCUUUAUUUUCCUCUCUCUGCCCCCACCCCCGGCCAACCUUUAUUUUCUUUUUCCAGCCUUCUCUCCAAUCCUACCUGGAAACUGGAUAUAUAGUAAGUGGGCAAUGUAUAAGCAUUCUCUCCCACACCCCUGUUCUCUUGGUUUGGGCUGUAGUUUUUGUUAGUGGUGAGCCCUGGCUGCACACAGCUUCACAGGGCACUGUUUUAGCUUCCCAAACAUUAUUUCCGUGGCAUCCUUUCCCACCUGUGAACUGGAGCAAGGGUGUGUAUGUGUGUAUGUGUGUUGUAAAUGGCCUCCAGGAGAUCUGUAACGACUCCUCUCCACCCGGUGCUAAACCAUGGGAGAUGCUGGUCCCUUGGAGAGUGAGAAAGCACCAAGGCUUCUUCCUGAAUCUCUGAUGGAUUCAGCCGUGCUUCUUUGCAGUGAUGCCUGCCUGCAUGAUUUCUUUGCAUUUGAUUCUGUUCCCUUCUGAGGCCUUGGGUGGUCCAUGGGUUUGGGGUAUCAGAAUAUCAGUCUUUCCAUAUGCCAUAAAAUCCUACUAUAAGUCUUCUGCAGAGCCUGCUGCUGACCAGCAUUGUGGUGGGGGGUGUGUGUGCCACUGAUGAGCAUUUCCAAUUGGCUGUACUGAUGGACUUCCUUCUUUCUUUCAUUCUCCUUUUGCAGUGUGAUACAGAAAGUGACCCAGAGGAGCAGGUAGGCAUUGACCUCACCCUGGUCCUGUAAUUUGCCAGGCUUCACUUGUGACUGCCACAUCACUUGACACUUGUAUGGGAGUUUUGGGGCAGGGCAGAUAUUGCAAAAUGGACCCAGCAAUUUGGAAAACGCCAAAGUCCCGUUUCUUCAUGCUGAGCCACAUGGGAACCAAUUCUCCAUAUUUCUCAUCCCACGCAAGUGUUGGUGUUGUGAAUACUUGAACCACAUGUGGCGUUAAGGUGCUGUGGAAAAUGUGCAGACGUUGGGCCUUUAUUUAUCUUAUUUUAUUAAUGAUUUGUCUUCCACAUGAGUCUUAAGACAAUUUACAUAAAAACAACUAAAAAUAGCUUUGAAACCUGUACACAAAACAACAAAAGGUAUGUUUAAAACCAAUAUAGAAUAAAUACCUUUUCACCUGGCUGGAAAAGCUUGUCAAAACAAAUGUCAUAAAUUGCUUUCCAGAAAGUACAAAUAGUGAGCAGCUGCCAUAUCUCUCUGAGAGUUACCAUGGAGCAAGCUUCUGAUAUGUUAGGGACUUCAAGGGGACACUUUUGCAGAACAUAGUGACCUAUCUUGGUAUACAAGGGCAGCAGGUCAAAAUGAGCACCUUGAAUUAUACCUGGAAGGGUGUAGGAGGCCAGCAUUUGUCAACACUAGCAUAAUAAUUUCCCAGAGGCCUGUUCCUUUUGGAAGGAAAGCAACCGUGUUCUGCACCAACCAUAGAAGUAGUGGCUAGAAGUAGCAAAUCUGUCCUUAUUUGCAUGACAAGCUACUUCCAUUGCUUGCUUCAGAAAGAAAUAGCAUUUGUGUCCUUCAGAAGCUUCCUGACUGCUUUUCGAGUUGAGAUGGUGCUUAUUUUGUGCCGAAUUCUCUUCUCUUGACUAAAUAAUGAGUGGCCUGUUUUUCUUGUCUCUGUAGGCCUCCGUUGAUGACCUCGAACAGUCAUUCACUGUCUCAACCAGCAAAGGUGGGUUUGAGUGCACAGGGUGGGGGCUGCUGGUCAAAGUAGAAAAUACUGGCCUAGAUGGACAAAUAGUCUAGCUUCCUUUAAUGUAUAUUCACAGCCAUAUUCCUAUUAGCAUCACUGAGAUUGUGCUCUUGUCCAAACACCAAGGUGCCAGAAAGACUCUUAAUAGACAGCAUGAUAUUCUGGUAGGAGUCACUUUCACUGAGUUUCCUUUCCUCUGCCUCAUCACAUUUCCUGUGGUGUGCUGGGAGCAGAUAAGCUGCACUAGAUCGUUUCUCUUUUUGAAAGCUAAUGUAAGCUUUUUGAGUAAUAGCAACACCUAAUAUCUAUUCAUGCUAAGUGCUUGAAGUACUGUGACCAGGUGGGCCUCUUCUCCAGGUGUGUUUUCUUCUCCCUUUGCUGUUUCCUAGAGUUUUUAGGGUCCAAUUGCUUAAGAAUAGUUCCUUCCUCUGCCCCCAAAAGGAUACUAUGAAGUAGAUUGUGAAACAGCCCCUCUCCUGCACAACAGGACAUGUGGCUGAUUUGGCUCAGCAAGGAUUGAACCAACAGUUCAAAGUCUACUCACCUGGUACUCUCAACCGCUGUUUUUUCUCUCUGUUUCUGCCCCCAGCAGCCUCGGGACCCAUUGGUGCAUUAAAUGGGAGCUGUGAAGCCAAACUCUCUGUGAUCCCUAAAGUCUCUGGCCUGGAGCGGAGCCAGGAGCGUAAUUAUGAGGCCGACCGGGACCCCCUGCUAGUGCCUUUCCUGCCCAAGGAGCCCCCUUCUCAGGCAGCCGCAGCCCCCGCUCCAGCUCAGGCCUUGCCCCCCAGUCCUCCCGCCCCACCUCCCACCAGGACAAGGGCUCAGACGCCUAAUGCUGUUCGCGGGACACCCCAACCCAAAGGCCAGCUGCCUCCGAUGCCUCAGGGGGGAGCCGUCCCCCACAACCUCACCCAGAGCCAGCUGCACAUGAAGGUACCGCCCUUUGCCAGUCAGACGCAAGCGCCAUACGCUGUAGGGCUGGAUCUCAGCACCGCAGGGUGAGUCCCAGUUCACUUUCUCUGUUUCUCAUUCUCAUUCUUGCUUUCCCUCUUCCCUCUGUUUCAAGCUUUCUCAUGUCCCUCUUACUUGUCUUCCUCUCCUUUUUUUGUCCCCUCUCCCUUUGCUUCCCCCUGCCUUUGACCCGUCACUCGUCCUCCUCCUCCUCCUUGUUCCCUUCAAGCAGUUUCCCUUCUAUCCUUUGUGUCUUAAUAAUAAUAACACUUUGUAGAGCACUCAUAAGGGUUUUUUAUUUUCAAAUCACUAUUUACAUCUCUAUAAAGUAGGUCAGUAUUGGCAUCCUUAUAUUCAUCCCUAUAUUGCAUAUUGCAACUGGGUUGACUGCAGCUGAUGGGGAGAGAGAGAUGCUUGCCAAAGGCCACCUCUGGCAGAGGCAAGAUUUGAACUGGGACUUCUUGGGCCCCAUUUUGUGACUACUCAGUGCAUGUUGGCUGCACUCACCUCUCCCCCCACAUUUUCUCUCCUUCUCUUACUCAUUUUUUUUCUCCUUGAGUGUUGCCAUUUGUCCUCAUUUUUUAUUACAGAAAAUGUUUUAUUCUUUCUUUGCAACUGACAUUACUGCACUCACUUGGAAGAUAAUCGAUUUGGCAAUAUUAAAGUGCAGAUGUGUCCCAGCUUAACUUGGCAGCCUAAACACCCAUAAUGAGUAAUCCUUUAUGUAGGAUUACUUCGAAUAGAAGACCCUCUAUCUCUGGCUUGUCUUCGCAGCAGCCCAGUGAGGCCUGUUGUUGUUGUUUCCUUUUUGCUGACUAGGGACUUCUGGUUGGGCAAACCUUGUAUUCAAGCCCCCCUACUCCCCCCCAAUUGAAUCCAUUGCUGAGCUGAGAUUUGAUCCCAAGCCUCCUGGGUCCAAGUUCAGUGCUCUCUUCAGUGCUUCUGUGCUCUUCUGGCUUCCAUCGUUACUCUGUCUCCUCCUGACUUCCCCACUCCAAAUUUAUUUUUCUCUCCCUUUUUCAGGUGCAGCCGCGGCGCAGCUCACCCCAAGCCCAUUCUCCCUCCAUGCUCCCCCUCUUCCUCUCAGCUCCCUCACCGGCCCUCCACACCCUCGCUGGCCCUGCCUCCCCACGCCUUUCCGCCCACCCUUCGGCCCCCUUCCCACCACCACCCAGGCAUGUUCACCCCCUCGCCUGGCCUCCCACCGCCACCCCCGCUGCUUCAAGUUGCCGGGCACCCAGCUGCAGCCGCUGCCAUAUCUGGUAAGAGGGACUUAGCGGGAGGGGUGUGGCUGAGUGUGAUCUGCGAUCUUGGGGAAGAUGGUCAGGGGCUAUGUAGAAAUGAGAAGGGGUGAGAAAGUGGGGCAUAGGCUAAGGAAAUAGAAGGUUACUGUCAUAUUUUUCAUGUUUUAUGAUAACUUUAGAAUCCAGAGAACUCUGUGUAAAAAAAAUUUUGUAGCCCUCGUGGUGGUGGCGGUUGGGGCUGGGAAGAAAGAAAUGUGUGGCUAUACAAGGGCAGCAUGAAGCAGAAAGGAAAGGCUGGAAGUUGGGGCAGGGGAGGAGGAAAAUAACUUCCAGGGCAGAUAUACGAAGGGUUUUAUUUGUGUGUAGCAGUGCUGGCUUUGAAGGUGCAAUGCUUAUUGGCAGAAAGCCUUGGCAAGAAAAGGAAAAAUCUGGAGUCUAGCCUAGAGAAGCACUUCCAGAAAAACUGGGAGUUUCUGUAGGGCAGGGCUGUGUGGCUCUAGUGAGUUGUACGGGUGGGGUGAUUUGGGGUGGGUGAGUGUCGAAUCUUUUCCACGCUCGCUUCCUUUCCUUGCUGGCUCCGCACCCCAAGCAACUUGCUGUUGGGUGACUUGUUCUUCUACCUCCCCAGAACAAGAACUAAUCCGCCAAGACCUGAGUUCGCGCUUCCUCACAGCCCAAGGCGGCGCCGACAUGGGGGCUGCCGCCAUCCGCCCGCUGGCCUUCCAGUUCCACCAACACAACCACCAGCACCAGCACACCCACCAGCACACCCACCAGCACUUCACCCCUUUCCCACCAGGCAUGGUGCCCACAGCCAGUCCAGCCAUGGUGAGUGUAAUCCUGGUGAGAUUGCUGGGAGAAAGGGAGGGUGGGCAUUGGGAACCAUGGCUGCAUCCCCUCCCUAGUCUAGGGCUGAGUUUGUCGGUGAGAGCUGAGAUGAUGUGCAGGAUGGGACUCUCUCCUCAGAGUUUUCUCACUUCUCGCUUGUGCCUCUCUCUUCCUCUCUCUUGCAGUAUGAGAAAUACCCAGGCAAGAUGGAUGGGCUCCUGCGGCACAAUGUAAGUGCGGCCUUCUUGGAGUAGGGAGCGCCCAGGGGGUUGACCUGUUGGCAGGGGGACCCAAGGAAGCUCUGAGAGUUGCGUGUCCUGAGGAAGGAGCAAACACCCCCCUUCUUUCCCUUCCCGCCUUGGUUUUCUCUGGGUGGCGCUUCCAUUGCUUUCUCUUCUUCUUCCAGUUUUAUGCCGCCUUCCCCCCAACCGUGUCGGGGAUCUCCCCGGUCCUGCCUCCCGCUGUGACUUUUGGCUCCCUGCAGGGGGCGUUCCAACCUAAGGUGAAGCCUCCAGACAUAGUAGACAAAUGGGCUUUUCUGUUCUUUUUAUCUUGGAAGGGGGGAAGUUCUAGAAUUCAGGGCUCCUGGGUUCCCCCUCUCCAACCUCCUGGUGGAUUUUUAGCAGGGAGGGCGGAGGGCCAGGACUCCUGGGGAAUCUAUGUGAAGAGUUGGGGGAGCAGAGUAUGGGGAUGCGGGGAGCCAGGGUUACUGGGGAGAAGUGGAGCCCCAAAGCUUUUGAGCAUGAAGAGCAGGUGCUUGGACUCUUGGGUUCAUCUGCUGGCUCUGGGAAAGAAGUGGGGCCGAGGGGAGCAUCCCUCGUGAUUUGGAGAGCAUGCGUGUGUGUGUGUGUGUGUGUGUGUGUGUGUGUCCUGCAUGGUCUGCAUGGAGUGGCAUUCUCCCCUCGCCCUGAGGUGGACAGGGAGGCUGGGAGCCAGAGCUCCUCAAUAGCUGGGUUGGAGAGCCAGGAUUCUAUGUGGAAAACAGAGAAGGCGGAGUGCAAGAAUGGAUUUCUGACCUCUGCCAAGAGGAUUGCACGAUUCUCUGUGUGCUUGGGAGAGGGAUCUGAAUGUGGAGAGAGGAGCGUUCUCCUCAGCAGCCUGUCUCCUCCUGACCCACUGUUUCUUCCCCAGAGCACUAACCCUGACCUGCCAUCCCGGCUGGGGGCUGUCCCACCUACCUUGUCCCAGAAAGGCACUCAGGUGAGUGUGCCAUCUGUAUAGGGGGCGGGGCAGUGUGGAAAGGAUGACUAACCCCCCACUUGGCUUUUCUGUCUCCUUUCAGCUCACCGAUCCCUUCAGGCCGACGCUAAGAGUGAGUAACCCUGGGACCCCUCCUGGACACGGUGCAGUGGGGUGGCUGCUCGGGGUAGCAAGGACUAGCGAUGGCUGACCCCACAGGGGGCGGCGGUGGGGAGAGGGGCUCAAGUCAGGGUGUAGGGCAGCUUGUGCCUGGCCCAGCAGGGACAUAACGUACAGAGCUGAUGGUUCCCCCCUCUCUCGUAGAAGCCCGGGAAGUGGUGCGCCAUGCACGUCCGUGUAGCAUAUAUGAUCCUGCGGCACCAGGAGAAGAUGAAGGUAGGGUGGGCCUGCGCCACCUCCCCCCUCCGCCUGCGUACAGUGACGGGGUGUGGCGCAGCUCCUGCUGGUAGCCGCCAGAGGGUCGCUGCAAGCAACGGGAGAAGCCUCUCCCAUUCUGCUCUUCUGAUGUCUGUGCUGGACCCUGGAUGCAAGGCGGGGUCUGUGAGUCUGGGAUAGGAGGCGGGUAAACGGGAACCGCAAGACCAGAGCCUGGGGCUGGGCAGGAGCAGGAGGUGUCCCUGCCAAAGAGUGGGCUGUGGAGGCUGCUGUGAAUAGCCUGCCAGGCCUGGUUGCUCAAGGGGGGCCUCUGUAUCCUUUAUUUCCUCUCAGCUGGUGCAGGGUGACCCCCAGAAAUUGGACUUCCGGAACGACCUUCUCGCCGGUUUGCCUGGGACGGGAGCCUUUGGCAGCCUGCCUCACAGCCAGGAGCUGGCACGCCCAGCCACUCUCUUCACAGCCUCAGGUCAGUGCCUUACUCCCCAUCCUGCAGUUUAAUAAUAAUAAUAAUAGUAAGUUAUUAUUUAUACCCCGCCCAUCUGGCUGGGUUCCCCCAGCCACUCUGAGCGGCUUCCAACAAAAUAUUAAAAUACAGUGGUCUGUUAAACAUUAAAAGCUUCCCUGAACAGGGCUGCCUUCAGAUGUCUUCUGAAUGUCAGGUAGUUGUUUAUCUCUUUGACAUCUGAUGGGAGGGCGUUCCACAGGGUGGGUGCCACUACCGAGAAGGCCCUCUGCCUGGUUCCCUGCAACUUGACUUCUCGUAGCGAGGGAACUGCCAGAAGGCCCUCGGCGCUUGAUUCUUAAAAGGCUGAGGGCACUCUAUAACCCAGCCUGCCAGAUUUCUGGGUCUCAUGCAAACUCUGUGGACACUCUUUCCCUUCUAUGGUACUUGGAGGCUCCCCUAGAACUAUGCCAGUAAUGAUAGUGAGCUUUUUGAGGGACCCAGUGUGCAGGAUUUCAAGGGUGGUUCCCCCCCCCCCCCAGGUAGCCCUGCCUGUGAAAUGUGAACAGGUGUGCCCUGCCAUUUAUAUGGUUGCGUCAAGGCAGCUAAAAAAGACAUGCUGCUUAGAUUAUUGGUAGUGACAAGGGACUCUAACUCCAGCUUAUGUUUUUGGGAGCCCAGCAUCCUCUACCUGAAAGAUUGUAUCUCCUUGUAUUAACCAACCCAGAUGUUGAGAUCCUCAGGGGAGCACCUUCUCAGUCCCAUCAACAUCAGAAGCACAGUUGGUGGUGACGUGAGGGAGAGCUUUUCUUCUGCUCCUGUAUUGUGGAAUUCCCUCCCAAGAGAAUUUAGCUUGGUUCCUUCUUUGUAUCCUUCUGCCAGCAGGCGAAGAUGUUCCCAUUCAAACAGGCUAAGGUGCAGACAAUGCUGAUCACUUUGCCACUGUCAGGGCAAACUGCAUUUUAACUGCUGGUUUGAAAUGGGUUCUAAUCGAUUUUCACUAUUGUUUUUAACUAGUUUGUUUUUACUACUUAGUAUGUUGUAAUGAUAUUUUUUAAUGUUCGAAGCUGCCUUGAUCCCAACUUAGGGAAAAGGCAGGCUAUAAAUAUGUUAAAUCAUGUCAGUAACCUUGAGGUGCACCCCCUUUUGUCAAUCCCAGAAUCUCGACCAUUAACUUUUCUUCAUGCUUCUGUCCUGCAGGUGCCAUCCACCACCCAGGCAGUGGCACAUCAUUUGGUCCUGCCGGCACCCCUCAUGGCUCCUUCCUCAGCCCCAGCCCCCACAUUGGUAAGAGCUGGCGCACCAGAAUGCCAGGGCCGGUGGGGCAGGACCCAGCAUCUUCCAUACGAUUGUUCACUCCUCUGCUCGCCUCUUUUCCAGAUCCCUUUGGCAGGCCCCCCAGUUUUGCCUCCCUCGGUGCGCUCUCCAAUGGGGCUUUUGGGGGCCUGGGCAACCCAUCUUUCAGUGAGUAUUGUUUGGGGGUUAGGGGCAUAAAAUCUGUAAUUAAUGGGGCCAGAAUGGUGUUCUCUAGGCUGACUUACAGACAGGGAUUUGAACACAGGACUCUUUCCUUUCCUUUCCUCUUACUCCACCCUCUACUCUUACAGCAGGAGAUGUAACCCAGGAAACUUGGCUUCCCAUCCCAGCCCUUGCAGCCCCAUUAUGAAGAACUGGAGACAGAAAAUCCUGGGUUCUAAGUUUUGGGCUUUUUUUGCUCUCCCCUUGUUUCACCCACAUUCCUUUGUUUCCCUCUCAGAGCUGGAAGGAAAACCCAGGAGCUAUGGAUCCCACCCUCUUCCUUCUGCCAAUUUCUGUGUCCCCUCUCAGAGGCUAAGUUUCAAGACUUUUUCCAUUGAGCCAAAGCUUUUGAAGUUCCUCCCUUUGCCUCCAUUUGUGGUGCGCCUCCCACCUGGCUGUCAUUUCAAGGCUAAGGCUUUACGCCUCUUCCUUGCAAACUUGAAGCUGUUAGGACUGAUCUAAACUUUCAGAAAAGCAAAUGGGGCAAUACCUGGGUUGCGGCAGGAGUGGAAUAGAGAGACAAAAUCUGCCCUUAGGAAACUCAAACAUUAGGAGAAGCCCAAGUUAGAACCUGUGUCCUUGGUAUGCUGGCUUCCUUCAUGCAGAAAGUUUUGGUUGUGAGAAAUCAUUCAUAUGUGUGAUGCAUUCCCCCCCCCCAAUUCACUAGCAGCAUUUGGGAGGGGGCUAUUUCUGAAUGAGUGCAUGCACGAGCUCUUAUUUAUGCUCUUUUCACCAUGGUGCAGUGUUCAUCAGUGCUCUAGACAUGAUGGCUAAGCUCUACCUCCAUAGUCGGAGGCAGUAAUGCUUCUAAAUACCAGUUGCUAGAAGCCACAGAAGGGAGAGUGGUCUUGUGCUCACUUCCUGCUUGCUGGUUUCCCACAGGCGUCUGGUUGGCCAGUGUGAGAACAGGAUGCUGGACUAGGUUUGCCAUUGGCUUGAUCCAGCAGGCUCUUUUUAUAUUCUUAUUCCAACUUGGGGACCUAGUUGCCCCCACACUUCUUACCUGGCUGAGCCCAUCUGCCUGGGGCUUUUGAGGACCCCGCUGCAAAGGUGCCAUGGGGACAGCAGUGUUUUCUGAUGUGCCAGUUCCAAUCUUUCUUCUUUCCCCUCCCAGACUCGAGUGCUGUCUUUGGGCAGAAGGACAGUCCCGGAGCUCCAUCCUUCCCUAGCCCCCAUGAGGCAUGGAACCGCUUACACCGCACACCCCCUUCCUUUCCCACCGCCCCAGCCUGGCCCAAAGGUGGGGCUGGAGAUGGGGCUGAGCGUGGAGGAACCCAGCACGAGAAGGAGAGCGAGAAGCCAGAAGGGCCAGUGAUCAAGGAUGAAAAGGACAGGUAAGAGGCGGGACACAGAGGUGAUGACAAGGGGGUCAAGGCUAUUCCUGGAUGAAGAGUGAAUGGAGUUCGAUACAGUGGAACCUCUGUUUUUGAACGUAAUCCAUUCCAGAAGACUGUUCGACUUCUGAAACGUUCGAAAACCGAGGAUCAAUGGGCAGUCUGCAAAACCCAUUGAAAAUAUGGAAAAACAUGCAGUGGAAGCCGUUCGACUUCCGAUGUGCAUUAAAAAACGGAAGCAAUUACUUCCAGGUUUUCGGUGUUCAGGUUCUGAAUUGUUCUGCUUCUGAGAUGCUCGAAAACCGAGGUUCCACAGUAUUCAAGAGAGGGAGGGCAGUUGCUGUUCUUUGGGACUCAUAGGUAUGGGUGGAGUAAGAGGCAGUUGGGCCAGCCCAGUAUGACAAAUAACGGGUCUGCAUAAGGCUGGCUGACAGUACCAGGUUGUGGAGAGUGACUUUUUCCUACCCCCAACACAAACUUUCUUUUGCCUGUGUAUGUGUUUCAGAGAUGCCCUCUUCUCGCGCCAUCCACUGCGUGCCUCUCCAGCUACUCCCACCCCAAAGAACCUAGCAUUGGCUCACGAGGAGCCCCCAGGCCGGUCACACAUCCCAGCAGAGCGUGAGCAUCGCUACGGAAGCCCGGCAGGUUCAGGCCACGCCUCCCGCUCCCCUUACCCAGAGCUGCCUCUGAAGAAGGAAGUGAAGGUCAAGGAGGAGCCUGAGUUGACGGGCUUCGAGGGGGCGCUGCGCACGGGGCCUCCCUUCCACAGCACCCUGCAUGUUUCCCACCCCCUGGGGACGCUGGCUGUGUUUGAGAGACCCCAGACCGGAACUGGCGGAAGCGUCUCCCCAUACCUGGUUGCUGCCCCGCCCUCAGCUGCCUCCUAUGCUGCGCUCGAAGCCUGGCGUGAGCCCUAUCACCGGGGGCUGGAGCUGCACCCGCUACAGCGCCUGCCCCGCUACCUGGAGACCCCGUCGCCUGCCGCCACUGCUGCCGAGGACUAUGAACGGGCCCGGUUAUAUGGCCUGGCGCCCCCACCCCACCCCAGCCUCAUGGCCUAUCCCCGCCACCCAAACGGGCUACUGGCAAAAGCCACCCCUGCUGCGGCUGCCGCCGCGGCUGCUGCCGCUGUAGGACUGCUGAGCGCCCCCCCGCCUCUCAUCCCUGCUUCGAAUGCUCGGCCCUGCUCCCCCCGCCGUGCUCCUGACAUCCGGGAACUGGCAGCCUACAAGGACCGGGACUCCAGAUAA